AUGGCCGGACAUGAACACACGAGUUCAUCAAUUCAUGAAAUAAUCAAUUUAAAUGUUGGUGGAAAGUUGUACAGUACGACCAGAUCGACUCUGACGAGAUAUCCUGACACGAUGCUUGGUGCGAUGUUCAGCGGUCGAAUGCCGAGUCUGAAAGACGCUCACGGAAACUAUUUUAUCGACCGCAAUGGCGAUAUGUUCAAAUACAUCCUGGAAUUUCUGCGCAAUGGGUCGAUUCAUCUGCCAGAAGAUUUUAAAGAUUUUGGUGCUCUCGCUGUGGAAGCCGAUUUUUAUCAAAUUGCUGAAAUUUCUGAAUAUUUAGAUAAAAAGUCCAAAUCCGCAGACGAAGACAUUUUGGAAAUCGAGUAUCAUAGAAAUGAGUUUCAAUGUGGUUGGAUAAUUUAUUCAUCGGAUGACGUUUUGAAAUCUCUGACUUCUAUUGGUUGUUUUUACGACGAAUCAAAUCAAAGAUUAGUCAAACUUGGUCACAGACGUUCAGAAAUCAAAAAGAAAUACGAAGAGGAAGGUUUGUACUGCGAUCUCAAACACAGUGAGAGGGCGCUGUUUCUUAACCGAGUUGCGCUUUUCAAAGAUUUGAGUCGAGUUGGAUUUCGACUCCUCAGUAGCACUUCAUACGCAUCGGCGGGAACAGCUGUUAAUCGAUGGACCUUCAGUCGAUAA